UGCCAUGGCAACGGAGAGAGACGGCAACCUGGGUUCCGGAAGCCGGAGAGCUGGAGCUUUGAAGCCACCCCGGUUAAAGGAUGCUGAGUCCGGAGCGCCUAGCCCUACCGGACUACGAGUAUCUGGGCAUGCUUGAAACAAUGACACUUUUGAAUGUAAGAUAUACGAGAGGCCACACGUCUUCGGCUUUGCUUGUCAAAUGGAGAGGCUGCCAGAACCGGUCGGCUCCAUGGUUCUCAUGCCCCAAAGUCCUGCAAAUUGACACUUUUAACAGUGUAUGCCAGGGAACACACAUUCUCUUUCGAGAAUUCAGCUUCGUCCAAGCCACCCCCCACAAUAGGGUAUCAUUUUUACGGGCCUUCUGGAGAUGCUUCCGAACUGUGGGCAAAAAUGGCGAUUUGCUGACCAUGAAAGAAUAUCACUGUUUGCUGCAAUUACUGUGUCCUGAUUUCCCGCUGGAGCUCACUCAGAAAGCAGCCAGGAUUGUGCUCAUGGAUGAUGCCAUGGACUGCUUGAUGUCUUUUUCAGAUUUCCUCUUUGCCUUCCAGAUCCAGUUUUACUACUCAGAAUUCCUGGACAGUGUGGCUGCCAUCUAUGAGAACCUGCUGUCAGGCAAGAACCCCAACACAGUGAUUGUGCCGACGUCGUCCAGUGGGCAGCACCGCCAACGACCUGCCUUGGGCGAGGCCGGCAUGCUGGAGGGCGUGGAGGCAUCGCUGUUCUACCAGUGUCUGGAAAACCUGUGUGAUCGGCACAAGUACAGCUGCCCACCCCCAGCACUUGUCAAAGAGGCUCUUAGCAAUGUUCAGAGACUGACCUUCUAUGGAUUCCUCAUGGCUCUCUCAAAGCACCAUGGAAUCAACCAAGCCCUCGGAGCUUUGCCUGACAAGGGGGAUCUGAUGCACGACCCAGCAAUGGACGAAGAGCUGGAACGGCUGCUGGCCCAGGUCCCAGGCCUGGUCAACUCGGUCACAGCCAGUCCAGAGGCCAGUUGCCUGCCUUCCCGGACCCCUCCCAGGGUUGGCUCCCCCUGGAGACCUCUCCAUCAUUCCCGAAAAGUGGAUGGAGAGAGCGAUGGCUCCACUGAAGAGACAGACGAGUCGGAGACUUGAGGAGUCCAAAGGGUCCUGCCCGCAGCGCCCUGUACCUGCUCCCACCCAGCCCUUGGUGUGCCCACCCAGCCUCCUCUCCAGCACCUUGCUGUGCUGCCCUCUGCUGCUAACAAAGUGAAUAACAGCCCCAAGACCGGCCACAGGGGCUCUGAUGAUCAGCCCAGCCAGUGGCCCCGGAAAAGUGAAUGGCCUGCUCUCCCUGGCCCUAUCAGCCUGUGAACUUCACUCAGGCCCCAAGCUGACAGACUGUGCUGAGGCCACCUUAUCACGCCGUAGCCUGUUAGUCCUCCUAACCUCUUAAGAAGAGCAGUCUCUCUCUUCUGAGCCAGCCUCUGCUGGUCCCCCGAUAAGGUUCAUCUCACAGCAACUCCAUUAAGGGGGAGAACCCGAAUAGCCACGCAGGGCCUUGCACCAUCAAGGGUGACACCUGCGACGCAAGUACCAGGAGGACAUAACCACUGUGGCCUUCUGUUGGAGAACAGCCAGUAGCCUUGGUAGUAUGGAGAAGGGUGGGCCAGAAGAUGAUUUCACUUGCAAAAACUGCUUCAAGUCUUGACCCCUUUGUGUCUAAUAGCUAAACAUGUGAAACGAAUAAAGUCCCUCGUGUCUGGUAA